AUGCCAAACUACCUGCGAUCCGUCUCCCCGGUCGCUCUCGAAACAUACUCGCCUCCCCCACCUACCGACUCAGAUCAGGAUCCAUAUGAGCUACUAGGCUCUGACGACGACCUUGAUGAUGCAUCUCGGGCUACAAAGUAUCGGCGAAUCGAAAAGCUGGCAGAGGUCUAUCUCAGCGGCCGACCUUUGUUUAUUGCUUCAGCGUCACUGCGUGGACCGUUCAAUGAGGGGUGGAGGAAUCCAUGGAGGAGAAACAGGAAGGUCAUCACACAUCAAAAUACGAAGCUGAACGAUGCGAGGCCGGGAGAGCGAGCUCGGACCCCUGAGACGGCUGUCAAAGAAACCGACGUAAGGAGCAAGAGAUAUAAGACCGAUUUGACGGCUUCUGCUCGUCCGCCUAGAGUUUCAGCUUCUCCAUUUGUCGCAGCCUCGCCUGCUCCUGCUGUGCCUCCAAAUGGAGGAAAGGCUUCUCCUCUACAUCCCAAACCAGGGCGGAAGCGGAGACCUUCUGGUGCCGACUUCGCGGAGAGCAGUGAAGCUUCGUCCCGCGUACCGAAGAAGGCGAAAGAGCAGCUCUUGUCUGAAGAAAAUACUACAUUCGCCGGCCAUGAGCCAACAGACUGGCUGAAGAAAGACCGGCGACGAAUGAAAUUCAAAUCGGUUGAACCGCCUGAUUCCCCGACGCCGAAAAGCCAGCAAACGGAAUGGGAGAUUGGCCCCCGCACUCGCGAAACACGCUCUCUAGCUCCCUCAUCCUCACAUACUUCUGCAAAUCUAGCUUCGCCCAAGAAAGGACCGCUUCCUGCAACUAUACGUGCAACCACGGCUGCAAAAGCUUCUCCGCAAGCUAACCGAUCCCCUGCACAGGCCCCGCGGCAGAGCCCCGCCCUUAACGCUCUAUCGCCAAAUGGAACUAUCUCUAAAAGUUGUGAAAAACUGACAUCGUUACGGGUUGUCUCUUCGACCUCUCAGCUGGCACGCUUCGAGUAUAGACUGCACGUACCUGUCUCGAGCCCGCAUCUCGAGCCCAUUUCACCGGCCGCACAAAUUGUUGGUGCUAAACCAUCUCCUCGAGUUGAUAAAGGCAGAAAUGUUGAUGAAGCAGAGCCUAUCGAGACAGAAGAUCUUGUUAGAGCAGAGGAGCAUAUCAAGUCUGCAAAAUCUCCUAAUCCCGCAAAGGCAACAAAGGCUGCCCGUCAAGCGAAGUCAAAACCAACAAGCGAGGAGCCUGAUGAACCUAGUAAGAAGCAAGGUCAAGAAACGGAUUCACGGGUACAUUUAUCGAAAAGCCUGCGAUUUGCCAAUGAUACCGACGGAACGACAUUCACGACCACAUAUAGUCCAACAGCGACUGAACAAAAUACAUACGAGGAGCUUCCAUCUGCCCAGCAGGUUCCUGGUCUACCAAGCCUGUCAGACCGCAUGCCAUCUCUCCACUCAACAGCCAUGCCCAAGGAAAACUCAACAACCCACCCAGAAAAAACUCCCGAUACCCAAUUAUCUACACAAGCGGCUCUAUUAUACGCACAGAAAUCCUUCCAAGAUGCCCUGGAGAGCCCUGCUCAGUAUGGAAUCACACCAGCCCAGCAGCGCAUGAUGUCCAAUGCGGACGACGAGUCGCUCUUGGCACAAGAAACACCUCUUUUUAGGGCCGAUACAUCAGACAGAGCAUUACCCCGUAGCUUCAGGGUGUCUGAGAAUGGGAAGUCUGAGAAAAGCAAGGUGCAGGCCAUGAGCACACAGUGCAUGAUCGAUGCUGCUACUCCCUUUACUUUCAGCACUGAGAAAAGACCGAGAGCUUUCCGCUCAAUUUCCCCUCGCAAGAGCAGCCCUACCAAACCACGAGCGCUCCAUUCGGCGGAAGCCGCUUCUGCUACUGCGUCUUCUCCAGUCUCGCUUUUUGACCUCGAUACCUUGGCAGCCCAUCCUCAACAUACAAGUCCACACUCCCCACCUGUCCAUGAUCCAGCACCCGACCAUACAUUUAGCCACCCACUAAAUACGCAAGGCACCUCACUUCCUUUUCAUUUGAGUGGAUCAACGCCUACAACGGCCCAGGAUGGCCAAGGGGGACUUCAUGCCGGAGACUCUUUUAAUCUCAGCGAGGCCAUCGCCGACGCAGGAAGUUGGCUGCAGCAGAGCUUUAUGUGA